AAUAACAACCCUAACCACUUUAACUCCUCUCUCACUCUUUCAAUCGCGAUAUUCCGAAACAUCUUUUGCAGGUCGCAAAAACUUCCCGAUCUGCAACCAUGGCUUCUAGAAAGCUCGAUAACCCUCACUCCGGCGACGGUGCCAGUCCCGGGAAAAUCUUCAUCGGAGGGUUAGCCAAGGACACCACCUUGGAUACGUUCGUGAAGUACUUUGAGAAAUACGGAGAGAUAACCGACUCUGUGAUCAUGAAGGAUCGACACACGGGUCGACCCAGGGGAUUCGGGUUCAUCACGUAUGCGGAUCCUGCUGUUGUAGACCAUGUCAUUCAGGAGAAUCAUAUCAUCAAUGGCAAACAGGUUGAGAUCAAGAGGACUAUUCCAAAGGGUUCUUCGCAAUCGAAUGACUUCAAGACGAAGAAGAUUUUUGUUGGUGGUAUUCCAACUUCAGUAUCUGAAGACGAGCUUAAGGGCUUCUUCUCAAAAUAUGGGAAGGUUGUGGAGCACGAGAUAAUUCGCGACCACACCACGAAAAGGUCCCGGGGAUUUGGGUUUAUAGUUUUCGACAAUGAGAAGGUUGUUGAUACCAUUUUAACUGAUGGGAACAUGAUUGACAUGGCUGGUACUCAGGUUGAGAUCAAGAAGGCUGAACCAAAGAAAUCCUCGAACUCUGGUUCUCUUCCUCCAUUUGCUAGUGACUCUAGGCCACGUUCUUACAAUGAUGGUUUCAGUGGAUUUGCUGAUUCUUAUGGGAGUUUUGGCAGUGGCGGUUAUGGCCCUGGAUCUUAUAGGUCACUUUAUGGUGGUAGGCUUGGUGAUUAUGGUGGUUAUGGAACUGAUGACUUCAGUGGUAGUUUUGGGAGCUAUGGUGCUGGUGCUGGUGCUGGUUCUGGUGGCUAUGCAGGCCGCUAUGGAGAGUCAUCUUUUGGAUACUCAGGCCGCUAUGGAUCUUACAUGGGCGGUCUUGGUGGUGGAUAUGGUGGUGGUGGGUUAGGCGCCUAUGGAAGAGGUGGUGGGGCUUAUGGAAGUUAUGGUGGUCCAGGCACUGGUGAGGGUUUUGACGGCCCUGGUGCUGGUUAUGGUGGGGCAGGAGGAGGAAUGUAUGCUGGUAGUAGGGCAGGUUAUGGGGGCAGUAGCCGUUACCAUCCUUAUGCAAGAUAGUUUUAACAAUAAGCUUUGCCACUAGAAGUUGCAUGCAGGUUUAAGCAUUUUCUAGACACAAGGCACUUUCCGCAGGUGGACACUUUCUAGAAGUCAGACGAACACUAGCACGUCUAUUAUAAUCAAUUGCUUAGACAUCUGAAGAUAGAACACCUUCAAUCUAGAGCUUUCUCAACAUCACCAAUCUAGAGCUUCCUAUCAGUCAUCAGCCUACAUGUUCUUGCUAGCUAGGCACAUUAUACGUCUAUGUGAUAAGCAGAUGUCCGCAAGUUAGACUGUCAUGAUUCUGGAUUUGAUACUUUUAGUUAGAAUUUCGGUGGAGUUGUGUGAAUGUGUAUUAUUGUAGGUCAUACUUAUUAGAAUUUUGUUGGAAGGAGUUCUUGUUCUUGAUCUUUCCUUUAGUUAUGAUUGGUGAGCCUAUGUGAAAGAUGUUAGCAUAGCCAUUUCAGGUUAUGCUACAGUUGCUUUUAUUUAGUUAUGUUUGGUUA